CGUGUAAGCACAUCGAGCUCUGUCUGGACUUUCCCUCACUCUCCAAAUGAUAUGAAGCUGACUGAGUAAACAUUGCGCAGUUGCACACCACUUAAAAACGUAACCACACUGGGACAGGCCCUCCUGAGCUGCAACAGCCCAUCCGUAUCACUUCCUUUUCUCUGCAUCAUGUGCCUCUCGGUCUCGUCUACUUCCUCUUUUGCUUUUGUAUCAGUCCUGACAACACUAUUUAUAUUUACUGCCCACCACAUGCCGAGCGAAGGCUUUGUGAGGAGAGAGGCCAGGUGAAACGCUCGGAGAAGAGUUGACAAUGUCGUCGGCGACGAAUGGCGAUGUGCUGUCUUUGUCGUCUUCCUCGUCAUUACCGUCCUUAUCAGCGGGAUCACAGGAACACGGUUCAUCUAAGAGCGACAGCAGCCUUCCCCCGAGCCAGCAGGAGAACACAUCAACCAAAGAAUUAUGGUCUGGGACAGAAAAUGUGAGUCCCAUGGAGGACAGAUUGCUUUCCACAGAUGAGCAGGUCACUUUGAUCACGGAGAGCUUGACAGUCACCUCCACGGAUCAGGAGAAACUGCUGCUGCUCAACAAGAACACCGAGCUCCGCAGAGUCAACAAAGAGCUGAUGAAGCUGAAUGAGGACUGGGACCAGGUGUACCGCAGCGCCACGCUGGGUCUGCAGCACCGACUGGAAGCUCUGGAGCUGGAGAACAGUGCCAUCAAACAGCUGAACAGCCGACUGCUCCUCAAAGCUGAACAUCAACAAAGUGCAAAGGAGUAUUAUGAGCAGUCGCUGAUGACUGAACUGAAAAAGAACCAGGAGCUGCAGGAAUACAUCAGGUUGUUGGAGAACAGGUUACACCAGGCAGAUAAAGGACAGGGAGGCUUCAGUGUUGUCAGUCCCGGGUCAUGUCCUAACGCUGGCCACAUUUCUGGAUGCAGCCCCUCAUCCUUCUUUACUUCUCCCAGCCCAGAAACAGGGUGGAAGGAGAAAAAGCAUAGCAGCUCCUCAUUGUUAUUACUAGGAAACAACUCCCAGAAAGAAAUGCAGGAUUUAAGAGAGCAGCUGGAGGCCCUUAAAUGUCAGACUGAGAUUUACGAGGCAGAAUAUCAGACGGAGCACAACGACCACAAGCACACGCUGCAGGAGAACCGAAGGCUCAGGAAGAAGAGGGAGGAGAUGCGCCAACAGGUGAAUCUCCUGCAAGAACAGCUCAAGAUUUAUGAGGACGACUUCAGGCGGGAYCGGUCCGACAAACAGGUUCUGCAGCGACUGCUGCUGCAGAAAGCGGCUCCCAACAAGGACCCGGUGCUGAUCCACCGCUGCAAUAACGAGCAGCAGCUGCUGGGGGGAGAAAAGAGAGCACAGAGUGGAGAGAAAAGGAAGCAGCA